AAAAAAUCAAUCUAACGAAUUUUCUGAAAAAGUGAUAUUAAAAGAAUAUCUUCGUGACUCAGUGUCUCGACAUAAUUAAUCGAGAGUUGAAAGAUAAGAGUCGGGAAAGAUUUCAUUGAACUAUUUUAAUACGUAGUUAUAAAUACGUCUGCAAGCACUAAUAUAAUAGCAAAAAAUCACUACAUUUUAUUGAUAAUAACAUUGUAACAACAAUAAAUUAGUUGUAACAUACAAAAAGAACGCAGAGAUAGAAGGAGAAAAAAGAGAGCGCUUAGAGCCAUCAAAAACAGGAAAAAAAGAGAGAGAAAAUUGUGAAAAAAAUUAUUUUGUGUUUGAGCCAACGGCACCACCUUCUUUUUACUAGGUGGUUCCACCAGAGGCGGAAGACUGCUGUCAUUUGCAGGCAAUGCACCGUUUUGCGGAUCGACCGGGUGGACCUGGCCUAAAAUGGGGAGCGUUUUUCUUGCGGCUGUGUUCAUAGCGUUACAAUUUACAAUUGGGAAGGCCAAUCCAGAUUCAAAACGUUUAUAUGACGAUUUAUUAAGCAAUUACAAUCGAUUGAUACGGCCAGUGGGUAACAAUUCGGAUCGUUUAACGGUGAAAAUGGGUUUAAAAUUAUCACAAUUGAUAGAAGUCAAUCUUAAAAAUCAGAUAAUGACAACAAAUGUCUGGGUGGAGCAAGAGUGGAAUGACUAUAAAUUAAAAUGGAAUCCAGACGAUUAUGGUGGUGUUGAUACACUUCAUGUGCCAUCUGAACAUAUAUGGCUUCCUGAUAUCGUUUUAUACAAUAAUGCGGAUGGCAACUAUGAAGUAACAAUAAUGACAAAAGCAAUACUUCAUCAUACAGGAAAAGUACUUUGGAAGCCACCAGCAAUCUAUAAAUCAUUUUGCGAAAUCGAUGUGGAGUACUUCCCAUUUGACGAACAAACAUGUCUGAUGAAGUUCGGAUCAUGGACCUACGAUGGCUAUAUGAUUGACCUGCGACACUUGCUUCAAUCACCCGACUCAGAUGUUAUUGAUGUAGGAAUAGAUCUACAGGAUUAUUAUAUAUCAGUUGAAUGGGAAAUCCUUAAGGUGCCUGCUGUUAGAAAUGAGAAGUUCUACUCAUGUUGUGAGGAACCUUAUCCCGUGACAGUUUUUAAUAUAACAAUUAGAAGGAAAACAUUGUUUUAUACGGUUAAUUUAAUUAUACCAUGUGUUGGCAUAUCAAUGUUAUCAGUACUAGUUUUCUAUUUACCUUCGGAUAGUGGCGAGAAAAUAUCAUUGUGUAUCAGCAUUUUGCUAUCACUCACCGUGUUCUUUUUACUGCUUGUUGAAAUUAUUCCACCGACGUCAUUAACUGUUCCAUUGUUGGGAAAAUAUCUACUCUUUACUAUGAUGCUAGUUACACUUUCGGUAGUCGUUACAAUUGCUGUGUUAAAUGUUAAUUUUCGAUCGCCGGUGACGCACAAAAUGGCGCCAUGGGUUCAACGAAUAUUCAUCGACUAUCUACCUAAAAUAUUGUGCAUAGAAAGACCGAAAAAGGAGGAAGAGUCGCAUGAAGAGCAGCCGCCAGAAGUGUUAACCGAUGUGUUCCAUGUUCCACCUAAUGUGGAGAAAUAUUCACCAUUUUGUACAAACAAAUUUAGUACUGAUUUUGAUAUACCAGCGCUACCACCAUCACGAUUUGGUGAGCCCCCAUUACCAGCACUGCCAUUGCCACUAUCAAGUGGUGACGAAGAACUUUUUAGUCCCGGAAUCAAUGAUUUGAGUCCAAAUUGUUGUGGUGACGUGAGUCCAACAUUCGAGAAGCCAUCAUAUCGUGAAAUGGAGAAAACGAUGGAAGCUUCCCGUUUUGUAGCGCAGCAUGUUAAAAAUAAAGAUAAAUUUGAGCAAGUUGAAGAAGACUGGAAGUACGUAGCAUUGGUAUUAGAUCGUUUAUUUUUAUGGAUAUUUGCCAUUGCUUGUGUCGUUGGCACAUGUCUAAUUAUUCUCCAAGCGCCAUCAUUAUACGAUACAACAAAUCCAAUAGAUAUUCAAUAUUCAAAGAUUGCAAAGAAGAAACUUGAAUUAUUGAAAAUGGGAAGCAGUGAUUUCUAG